AACCGGAAGUGACGCACAGUGCCGACUAUUUCUUCCGCCGUCCACCCGUGGCGAGGCCCAGGCUAUCGCGGGGUGUGCAGCGGUGUCGCGGCCAGUAGAGGGAUUCUGGGUAACGGCUCCGGCCCCCGGCUGGGCUUCUGGCUCGGCGCAGCAGGUUCCACUCACGCCAAGUCUGUUGGCAGUGGCAGUUGUAGGGCCAGGGGCGGUUGUAGGACCCGGAGCAGCCGGACAUGGAACAACCGUGGCCGCCUCCGGGACCUUGGAGCCUCCCUCGGGCCGAGGGUGAGGCUGAGGAAGAGAAUGACUUGGACGUGUUCCCCAGUUCUCCCCGCUGCCCGCAGCUGCCGGGCGGCAGCGCCCAGAUGUAUAGCCAUGGAAUUGAAUUGGCUUGCCAAAAGCAGAAAGAGUUUGUGAAGAGCUCUGUGGCGUGCAAAUGGAAUCUUGCUGAAGCUCAACAGAAACUUGGUAGCUUAGCACUGCAUAAUUCUGAGUCCUUGGAUCAGGAGCAUGCCAAAGCACAAAUAGCAGUAUCAGAACUGAGGCAACGGGAAGAAGAAUGGCGACAGAAAGAAGAAGCUCUAGUGCAAAGAGAGAAGAUGUGUCUGUGGAGCAUGGAUGCCAUUAGCAAGGAUGUUUUUAAUAAGAGUUUUAUUAAUCAAGAUAAAAGAAAAGACACAGAAGAUGAAGAUAAAUCAGAAUCAUUUAUGCAAAAAUAUGAGCAAAAAAUCAGACAUUUUGGUAUGUUGAGUCGAUGGGAUGAUAGCCAGAGAUUUUUGUCUGACCAUCCAUACCUUGUAUGUGAAGAAACUGCUAAAUAUCUUAUUUUAUGGUGUUUUCACCUGGAAGCUGAGAAGAAAGGGGCUUUAAUGGAACAAAUAGCACAUCAAGCUGUUGUAAUGCAGUUUAUUAUGGAAAUGGCCAAAAACUGUAAUGUGGAUCCAAGAGGGUGUUUUCGUUUAUUUUUCCAGAAAGCCAAAGCAGAGGAAGAAGGUUAUUUUGAAGCAUUCAAAAAUGAACUUGAAGCUUUCAAGUCAAGAGUAAGACUUUAUUCUCAAUCACAAAGUUUUCAACCUAUGACAGUUCAGAAUCAUGUUCCCCAUUCUGGUGUUGGAUCUAUAGGUUUAUUAGAAUCCUUACCACAGAAUCCAGAUUAUCUUCAGUAUUCUAUCAAUACAGCUCUCUGCAGCUUAAACUCGGUGGUACAUAAAGAAGAAGAUGAACCCAAAAUGAUGGACACUGUAUAAUUUGGUUAAGACUGCUGAGGCCAAGUGCUAUUUUGUUAAAAGAAAGGAAGAACUUGGCUAUUUUCUUGACACUUUUAUGGGUGCUGCACUUUAUUUUUGUUCGGUUUUUGAUGGGAGGGAAAGAGUACUGAAAUGUUUUGUAAAUUUUUUUUAAUGUGCUGCUAGGUUUUUUGUUUUGUUUUGUUCUGAAGAGAGGAGUGGUACCAUAUGUUGCAGGAAGUCAAACUGGACUUUUUGUGGCUACUAAAUUUGCCUUUAAUCUUAUUGUUCUCAAUUUUGGAAUCAAGUAUGAAAACCUGCACAAAUGCAAUGUUUACAAGAACUGGUUGAUUCUGGGAGGCAUCUGCUACAGUCUCUUUUUAUAUGGAUAUGUAUAUGUCCUAUUCUACAAAAAUGAUUAAAGAUAAAAAUGUACUUGUAUCCCACUGCUACUUUAGCUGUCAAAUCUGGUGUUUCAUCACAUUAAAAGCAAUAAAUCAGUA